GGGAAUAUUUUGACAUUAUUUAAAUGCUCUCUCUCUAUUUUAAUUGAAUCUUUAAACAAAAAAAAAGUACACAAAGUUUCGACGUUUGUCUUCAAUCGAAAUUGUCGGAUAAACAACUUACGAUGAACUUUGACGAUAUUAUUUAUGUGUCGCUGUUAGUGAGCUGUAUUUUAUUCGGCAAAUUCUACAAUCAAUUCGAUAAUGGAAAAACCAAAAAAGUUAUUGGAACAACCUUUGGACUAGUUAUAAUUUUCGUGGUAUCUGGGCGGCAUAUAGUGCAUCCGUUGGUUUCUUGUCUCGGAUGUGCACUAUGCAUUUUGUUUGUCAAUAAAAGACAUUGCCACAUUGCAAGUUUUGCAUUCAUGUUCACGUAUUUGAUAUUGUUCCGAAUGAUGGAUACAUUCGGAUACAGUGCACCAUCCGGACACACAAACAUGGUGCAAAUGAUUCUAACACUGAAGCUUGUCGGACUGGCUUUCGAACGGAAUUUGGUACUGUGCCAUUCGGAUGGAAAAGAGAACGGUGAGGAAAGGGAUGCUCUUGAAAAUAUCACAUUCGUAGACAUUUUUCACUAUUCGUUCAAUUACAUCGGCGUGCUAACUGGACCCUAUUUCCGUUAUCGUACGUUUAACGAUUACUUUACUUUGCCGUUUAAACAUCGUGCAAACAACAUCGGCGCAACAAUAAGUAAAAUCACUUUGAUUCCAUUGUUCGCUGCAGUGUAUUUACUCGUCAGCUACUUGUGGCCGUUGAGUUACACCGAUAAUCCGGAGUUCUACAAUGAACGUUCGACAUUCUAUCGUCUGAUGUAUGUGUGGCCACUGUUUCUAACAUUCCGGAUGCGCAUUUACAUUGGCAUCACGCUUAGCGAGUGUGUUUGUACAAUGGCAGGUUUCGGUGCAUAUCCCGUUGAUGCUGACAAUGCCCCUGGUUACGGACCGCGGAAGGAGUAUAAAUCAUUAACGGCUGAGACCGGCAAAUAUUCAUACGAUUUCGAAACGAUUCAUAACGUCGAUGCGUACACAACCGACACAUGCUGGACAUUCCGUGAGGCAAUGAAAAGUUGGAACAUGUGCGUACAAUACUGGCUAGCCAUGAAUGUCUACAAACGUUUUCCCAGCAAACAAUUUCGAACUCAUGCCACUCUUCUUGUUUCGGCACUGUGGCACGGUGUGUAUCCGGGUUACUAUUUCUGCAUUUUUGGAGCACCGUUCUACCUACCGAUCGAAGACAUUUACAAUAAACUCAUCCGGAAAUCGGCCGAAGGAUUCAGACUGCAAUGCAUUAACGUUGCCUUUUGGAUAUCGAAAUUUUUUGCAUUUUCAUAUCUUGGAAUUGCCUUUCAACUGCUGACCAUUGACAGGAUUUGGUUUUACUACAAUUCCGUGUAUCACUUGGGAUACAUUUACUUCGCAGUGAUGUUUAUAAUCGGAAAGGUUUGCCUCUCAAUGCAAAAGCGGCCAACAUCGACCAAAAAUGAUCGAACUAAGUCAACGACACCGUUAGACAAUGACAGUACAACAGGGAAGACCUCCAAGUUAGAUUAAAAUUUAGAAUUAAUUUUGUUAACCUUUCACAGACGGCAAGCAUAUAUAACGUACGGUUGUUGAUGUAAGCAGGUUGCCAUCGGAUUCAUAGAAAAUCUAUUACUUCAUUAGUGUUAACAUUUCGCUCUAUGAGAUCUCAUUAACCAUCAAUCUUAUAAUUUUGUCGUCGCCAACAGAUAACAGAUGACUUAUAGCCGUCCGUGAAUGGUUUAUUUAACUUAAGGCCUUAAGCACAUAUUUUGAUAGGAGCGGUCGGAGCAGUAUCAUGAGAAAGUUUUUCUGCUUCAAGAUGAAUUCAAACAUUGACUUGCAAAGAUUUUGUUACUUUCGUUCCGUCUCUCUCUUCCAUUGUAAAAUUGUAAAUAACACGAAAUCGAUAAAUUGUCCUCUUGGCUAAGUAAUCAAUUGAAACAUUAAACAUACCGUCAUCGAUCAUAAUGUCAAUGUCAAGCAGAGAAGUGAUUUCACUUCUACAAGGUUUCGGCUGCAUGGGAGAGAAUUAUCUCAAAAAUCCAUUCAGACUGGGCAGAUUCUCUCAUACCACAUACAACCCAUUCAUUAUGCGCGUUCUACCCGCUGAGACGGAGAGUGAGCUGCCGGUAUCAUUUCUCCGAUUACAAGUUGCUAUAGCGUUAUCAUCAUCAUUAUGUUGCCAUAUCGUAACUCUUCACAUCGAGAGGAAAACUGCUCCGGAAAGUCAUGGUACAAGGACCAGAAAAGUCACUAUACUGCGAUGCACGUAAAAUCAAAGUCAUUGGCUCAGCUUGACUUUCAGCUUCAUACAAAGUCAUUGUAGAGCCUUUUCGAAGUAGUUUCCUCCUCGCUUCACAUUUAAAUCCACCGUUAAAUUAUGCGCAAGUUGAUGUUUGAGUUCGGAGAUAUUACUUAAAAAACGAUCUCGCAAAAUAAAUAGGUGAAAGGGAACUAAUGGCUUAGAAUUGCUGAUGGUUGUAUUAGUGGUUGGAUUUACCGUUUCUUGUUACAUUGAACAUUUCACCUUUAUAUGAGUACAACGAAAUAUUAUAGUCAUUAAAAAUCCGCUAUGUCGGUUACUUAUAGCUUAGAAGGUGAGCCUACGUUUCAAUUCAAACGUAUUUCGGAUUUUCAACACAACUUUUUACGGGUCUAAUGGUUCAAUUUAGUGUAGAAAAUGUAAUUUAUUUGUAAAUUUAUUGUUAGAGCGCACUUAACGUUUUACCUCUUCAAUACAGUUGGAUUAAUUUAUAGAUGAUUGUACACUUUAAGGUCAAACUGUUGCAUUUAGUUACAGUAAUUUCGGUAUUUGGCGUAAUUUAUAAAUUUGUUAACAGAAACAUCGAAACAAAAUAAAGUUUCUAUUUAAAAUUGA